GCAUUUGUCACCACCUCGGACCAUGCGUUGAUCCACUUCAACGACAAUGGCCACGUGUACACGCGUGAGGAGGGACUCGCCACUAUUGUGAGGUCACUUUUUGUGGACUACCCCCGAAUACAGCGCAGAUGAAGUUGUUGGUUCAAGAAUUCGGCGUCAAUGAAGCAGACUCACCGUUGAGCAAGUUUAUCAAGAGAAUUUCUUCUCAGGCUUUGCAAUUCAAGGAUUUUGUCCGAAAUCUAUUGUUCGGAGAUUUAUUUAGCAACAAGAUUAUAAUGAAAGGGGACCCACUUCACAAUUCGGAUUUUUUUGGAUUUAAGAAACUUAUUGUUUGUGUCUCCUCCACUGGUAAAAUAUAUGGACUCUCUUCUGACAAAGGCAGCCUUUUAUGGAGUGUUCUCCUUCACGAGGAUUUUGUAGUCUCCGCUGGAGACGUGUUUGCAGUCACGAGAUUCCCGAGUCCUCUUGGCCUUCCGCCUUUAUGCCUCCUUUCUUGCUCUGAUAGGGGUGGCCAGAGUUAUAUAUACGAGCUCGAUCCCCUGCAUGGCAGUGUGGUACGUUAUGAGGUCCCCUUCACUGUAAAGCACGCGCUGGUGCUGAACGAAGUAGAUGGCGGCUAUAAUAAGCCAACAAUAUUUUUAAGUUACAAAGAAGAAGCCCACGUGUGGCCAAAGACGCCCAACGCAAUAUCACUUGCUCUGCGUGCGGCGCCUCGUUUGUUCUUCUACUCUGUCAAUAAAAGCACCGGUAAACUUGACGGGCGUCGACUACUUAUAACAAACGAGUCUGUUUUAAAAUCUGUUCCUGCAUGGAGUGUCACUUUUUCGCUCCUCGAAGAGACGAUGCUUACGGUUUCUUCUCCUCGGCAUUAUGAGCAAGUCAAGGUUCUGUAUAAGUCGGUCGACUCUCGUGGCAAUCUUCUUUACAAGUAUCUGAAUCCCAAUAUGAUUGCUGUGGCCACCCAUUCGCCGGCCGCCAGCGAACUGGUCGUCUAUCUCAUCGAUACGGUAACUGGUCGCCUUCUUCACCGCACUUUUCAUCCGCGCUUUACGGCCACACGUCCGGUAACUAUAGUUCACUCAGAGAAUUCGGUGUACUAUCAUUUUUGGGACUCUCUGGAAAUGAAAUAUAUCUUUGUUUCUUUGGACUUAUACGAACAAAAGCCCGUUGAGAAAAGACCAAGUUGGCAGCCUUUUUCAUCGUUCCUUGCAAAUAAUCCGGUGGUGGUGCGCCAGUCUUAUUAUUUUUUUGAAGGUCUUUCAUGUGCCUCUGUCACGCAAACCAAACAAGGCAUAACCAUGAAGCAACUUUUGUUGGGCCUUAAUAAUGGCCAGCUUUAUGCACUAGAUAAGAGGUUUCUCGACACUCGACGGACAACAGCCGAUAAAAGUUCAAUUCCAGGCGUUCCCGUUUACAGCCCUGUUCACACUAUGGAUCCGCUUAAUGUUAUCAAUUACAAUCGCACGGUACCUCAUAUAAAAAAUAUUAUUACGUCCACCACUAGAUUGGAGUCGCUUGGUCUUGUAUUUGCUUAUGGGUUAGGCCUGUACAGUACUCGAAUAACGCCCAGCGGCACGUUCGAUACGCUGAGUGAAGGAUUCAACAAACCGAUGUUGGUCAUGACGACGGCAGGUCUAAUCGUGGCUUGCAUAAUAGUAAGAGAGUUGAUGUACAAGAAAAAGUUGGCCAGCCAGUGGACAUAACCAACCCU